GAGAGAGGAGAGGACGGAGCAGAGAGAGCUCAUGUAUAUGUUUGGCCGCUACAAUGUGCGUAAAAGGCGCGUUUUUACGCACAGAGAUAAGUGAUAAACAGAAGGCUAAAAUAUAGUUAUAUGCAAUCGUAACUUCCACGUGUGUUACUUAUACUGAAUCUAUUAUUUCCAAGAAAGCAGAAAGUCUUUAAGUGAACAUUCCAACAGAGCUUUUUUUUUUUUUUUUUUUUUUUUAAACUUUUGUCACUUUGCAUUUGGCACCGGAGUUGUCUUGCUAUGAAUCAUAUCCAAGGGGUUCUAGAGUGACUUUCCAAUCCUAAACAGGCAAAAUGGAUCCUUUAUUCAAUAUCACCAAUGCGCCAAAUUGGACCAGCGGCCCCAACGACACCGGGAACAGGACCGAGUACUGGAACCAGUUCGUGCAGCCGGUCUGGAGGAUUGGGCUUUGGGCCAUUGCGUACAGCUGUAUAGUGAUCGUGUCCGUGGUAGGCAACCUCACGGUGAUCUGGAUUAUUAUGGCGCACAAACGCAUGAGGACCGUCACCAAUUAUUUUCUUCUGAACCUGGCGUUCGCUGAAGCCUCCAUGUCUGCCUUCAACACGGUGAUCAACUUCACGUACGCGGUGCACAACGAGUGGUACUUCGGACAGGUCUACUGCCGCUUUCACAACUUCUUUCCGAUCGCGGCUGUCUUCGCCAGCAUUUACUCAAUGACCGCAAUCGCCCUGGACAGGUACAUGGCCAUCAUCCACCCUCUGCAGCAGCGCAUGUCCUCCACAGAGACCAAGGUGGUGGUGGGAGUGAUCUGGGUGCUGGCUCUGCUCCUGGCAUUCCCUCAGUACUACUACUCCAACACGGAUCAGCUCCCCGGCCGGGUGGUGUGCUACAUCGACUGGCCCGAAUACACCGUGUGCGACUUCAAAAAGAUGUACUAUGUGUGCGUGGCCAUCCUGAUCUAUUUCCUUCCUCUGCUGGUGAUGGGUUGUGCUUAUCUGGUGGUGGGACUGACUCUCUGGGCCAGUGAAAUCCCCGGAGACUCUUCUGACCGCUACAAGGAGCAGCUGACCGCCAAACGCAAGGUGGUGAAGAUGAUGAUCGUGGUGGUGUGUACAUUUGCCAUCUGCUGGCUGCCCUACCACGUCUUCUUCCUGCUGCACCAGGUCUUUCCUGCCAUGUUUGAAGAAAGGUUUAUCCAGCAGGUUUACCUGGCCAUCAUGUGGCUGGCUAUGAGCUCCACCAUGUACAACCCCAUCAUCUACUGCUGCCUCAACGACAGGUUUCGUGCUGGUUUUAAACAAGCCUUCCGCUUCUGCCCAUGUGUCCCUCGAGGCUCUUACGAAGGCCUGGAACUCAAGUCCACUCGCUACCUUCAGACCCAGACAAGCGUUUACAAGGCCAGCCGGAUGGAGACCACCGUGUCCACUGUUCUCCAGGUCGGGGAGGACAUGGAGCAGCCCAAGAUCAAGGCAAUAGCGGCUCCACAACACGGUGGGGCUGUGGUCGGAGCCGGACCAAAUAGCUCCUCCCUGGACCUCACCUCCAACGGGUCAUCGUCCCGGAGCGUCUCCAAAACCGUUUCAGAGACGUCCAGCUUCUACUCGAGUAACAACCUGCAGGAAUAGACUUUGAAAGCAGGUGUCAUUUUGCAAGACAGAGAGAGAGAGAGUGAGUUCAUUGUUCACAUAGUUGCUUUUUGCCUGUGUGUGUUCAUGCAAAAGAACAGCGUGAAUGUGUGUCUGCCAGUGACUGUGGCUAAGUUUUUGAUGAAUACAUUUCUAGUGAUUUCACUGGAACGUCGUGUUAGGUCGUUUGCAAGUGAGACUUGCAAGUUGUUGUUCACUGAGUGCUGUCCUCACCAACAACACCUUCA